AUGUCUAAGCUGUUGAGAACCGGAAGUGGUCCGGUACCGUUUCGACAACUCUUGGAAACAUGUAGGAAUAGUAAGUUUUUAGGAUUAAAUUUGAUGGGCGAUGUUAUUGGAAAUUUUCUACCAAGUCCGAUCGGUAGAAUGUUGAGGAACAAUAUUCGGGAGGAAUUUGUUCAGGGUGGAUCAGGAACGCCGAUCUACGAGGGAAGUUCCAGUCUAACGUUUGAGAAGAAUUUGAAUUUUGCAAAGGAAACGUUCAAUACGACUGUUCCUUUUGGCAUAACUUUGGAGGAAAGUUUCUUCAACAAAGAAAUUUUUUUGAAUGAGGUCAUUCAAUUGCAAUUGGACAAACGGUCGCAGCUGAGUUGUACUUAUUUGGUGAAUCCGGGUGUUCAGAACGAGUUCAUGUAUAAAACUCAGCGUCAGCGAAAGAUUUGGUGGAUGCGUUUUGCAUGUGAUCCCGGGAGAUAUUUUAUUUCGGACACCCGAACGGAACCGGAAAGCAAAGUGCAAUCUGUAUGGAUCAAAGCUCGCUAUGGAGAUGCAGAAAUCGAGCUGGAACAGCUUGAAAUGAUUCCAAGUGGAGCAGCAAGGGAAAUUGUUGGCGAUUUUCAAGUAAAAGUCGGCAGAUCAACUAAAAAAAUAACACCAAGCCUUGUCAGAGUAAAGCAAUGCCUGGAACUGGCGACGCUCCAGGUUGUUCUAGACGCGCUGGAUGUUUCCGAUAAGGACUGCAUUCGUAUUCAUCGAAAGUUGGCACCCUACAAAUGUGGCAUCAUUUGCUCGACCGAUGAUCCAGUACAACUUAACGAGCUACAAGACCUAGCCAAACAUCUGGGCAACGUGCUUCGCAAAUCCAGCCUCACAGUGUUGGACUGUUCGAAUCAAAACGGAAGUUCGGAUCGAUCUGCGGCUAAAAGAUUCAGUCAUCUAGAUUCCAUAGGAGUCCCUUACUGUUUGAUUCUCCGGGAGCAAAGUCUUCAAAACGGUCUGCUGCAGUUGCGCUCUCGAGACACAACCCUCAGUGAAACGAUUCACAUUUCAGACUUGCCGAAUUAUUUAUUGAAAAUUAUAACUAACUAGUAAAGUGUAGGAAAACGAAAAAUAAAUUAGAGAAGAAGACUUA